AUGGUGGAAACGCGUAACGGAGGAGAUCGGGAGAAGACGAUAUCCGCAGAUGCAGCGAAAUCGAUGGAUCUCCAUCAGAUUCAAGAUGAGAUAGAGCUGGCGAAGCACAACCACGAGAAGUUAGCUCAGAGUGAUCGAGUGACGACGAAGAAGCUCGAUUCGGUGGAGAAGAAGAUUGAAACGAUGGCGAUCGAAUCUACUUCAAGAUUCGAGGCAAUCGAGAAGCAGAUGAACCAUAUCACCGACGUCUUGACUCGAUUGGAGGAUUCAGCGAUAUUCAAUCGGAGACCGGGGAAGGAGAUUGCUUCAACAUCGACACCUCAAAUCAAUCAGGUACCGAUUACUAUCUCUGAAACGGAAAGAUCUCCAACACAGUUAGGCUAUCGGGGAAUCCAUGGUACCCUUGCAAAUCGAGAUAAGAUGCUGAGAGAGAUUGAAAUGCCUGUGUUCUCUGGUCCUUUGCCUUUCGAUUGGAUCUCUCGUGUGGAAAGAUUUUUCAGGUUUGGAAACUACAAUGAAGAAGAGAAGUUACAUCUAGUUUCACUGAGUCUCGAGGGUCCGAGAAUGCUAGACAGAUUUGGAGGCCCGAUCGACAAUGAUCCGGCAACAAGAUUGUUCCGUUUGAAACAAGAAGGAGAGAUUGAGGAUUAUGUGAACGAAUUUGAAGCCUUGAGGAACCAAGUAACAGGCGUUGAUGAGAAGAAUCUGAUAAAAGUAUUCUUUAACGGCUUGAAAUCGGAUAUGAAGGAAGUUAUCCGCAUGAAGGAACCUAGUACGACGUUCUGUAGCGUGAUAAGCUCGGCCGCUGGUGAAGGGCGGGGAGGCUAUCAAAGACAGACGUCGGGAGCUCGUGCUGCUACCUACAACAAUAAGCAGCAGACUGAGCCUCCGAAGCUGGAAUCAACGGCAAAUAAAGAAAAUGCAGCACCACAACGCAACAAUGUGAGACCAAGAUUACAGCACACUGAUGCAGAGCUUGAUCGUAUGAGAAGAGAUAAGGUCUGUUUCAAGUGCAAAGCACCGUGGUCCCCUGCGCACAACAAGGAAUGUCCAAAUCGUAUGUUAAGAGUACUUACAGUGAUCAAUGGGUUUGAACUUGAAGUGCUUGAUUUUGUGGAAGAAGAAGAGUUACAAGCACACACGACUACCCAAGUUCUACACACGUUGUCACUGAAUGCGUAUUUGGGCAUUGACUCUCUAAAGACUACGAAGAUGAGAGGCUACAUUAAGAAUCAAGAGGUGAUAGUCAUGCUCGAUAGUGGAGCAUCUCACAACUUCAUUUCACCUGAAGUUGUGAACAAGCUACGACUGAAAUUUUCUGCUGAUAGUAGCUUGGACGUGUUGUUGGGUAAUGGAGUGACUGUGAACGCAUUGGGAGUUUGCCAUGCAGUCACAUUCCAAUUAAUCCAAACCAACUUCACAAGUGACUUCAUCUCUCUUGAACUGCGGAAUGUCGAUGUGAUACUGGGUAUUCAAUGGCUUGAAACCUUAGGCGUAUGCGAAGUGGACUGGAGGGAACAGGUCCUUUCAUUCGUCUAUGGAGGGAACAAAGUGACUCUGUUAGGUGAGAAGUCCCUACAUUGCACUAAGUUCUCUUUCAAGUCCUUGAAACCAGUCUAUACAAGUGGUAAGAAAGGAGGAGAAGUGCCUCUUGCCUCUUCUAUAGCAACAUCCGCAUUUCCAGAAGUUCGUAAUCAACUCUCGAUGAUACUCCAAGAAUAUGCAGACGUGUUUGCAGUUCCUACAUCACUGCCUCCAGUUCGUGGAAAGGAGCACGCUAUUAUUCUCAAACCAGGAGUAUCAUCUGUCUCUGUUCGUCCUUAUCGAUAUCCUCAUGCAAGUAAAAUUGCUAUGGAAGAUAUGGUCAAUGAAAUUCUCAGGAGCGGAAUUAUCAGGCCAAGCACAAGUCUUUUUUCGAGUCCAGUACUAUUGGUCAAGAAGAAAGAUGGCUCAUUGAGGUUUUGUGUGGACUACAGAGGACUUAACAGAGCGACAGUAUUGGAUAAAUAUCCAAUUCAUGUUAUUGAUCAACUACUUGAUGAGCUACACGGAGCAAAAGUAUUCACGAAAUUGGAUUUAAGAUCCGGGUAUCAUCAAAUUCGAAUGAUGGAGUCUGACAUCGAAAAAACAGCUUUUCGUACAGUAGAAGGCCAUUAUGAAUUUCUGGUGAUGCCAUUCGGCCUUACCAACGCUCCAGCUACAUUUCAAGCUCUGAUGAAUCAAGUAUUCAAGCCAUUCCUUCGGCGGUUCGUACUUGUAUUUUUUGAUGACAUUCUGAUAUAUAGUGUUGAUCAUGAGACUCACGAAGAGCAUGCACGACGGGUAUUACAAGACAACCUCGCUUUACCAAACUUUCAAGAGGUGUUUGUGAUUGAAUCAGAUGCAUCAGGUUUUGGUUUGGGCGCAGUAUUGAUGCAAAACAAAAGACCUAUUGCUUUCUUUAGUCACGCAUUGACACCUCGUGAACAAAUGAAGCCUGCAUAUGAACGGAAGCUGAUGGCAAUCGUAAUGGCUAUAAGAAAGUGGAAACAUUACUUGUUGGGUCGUAAGUUUCAUGUGCACACAGACCAACGAAGUUUGAAAUUUUUAUUAGAACAGAAGGAGGUGAAUAUGGAGUAUCAGCGAUGGUUGACGAAGAUUUUGGGUUUUGAUUUUGACAUCUUCUACAAACCUGGUCCGGAAAACAAGGUAGCUGAUGGAUUAUCUCGAUCAAUGUCAGUAUCUUCUCUGUUGUUGGCGCUCACAGUUCCAACAGUGCUGCAAUGGGAAGAUCUUUACAAGGAGAUCGCAGAUGAUACACGGAUACAAGCUACAAUCAAGCAGUUGUUGAGUGGAGAGUUGAGUUCAAAGAAGUAUCAAGUUGUGGACGGGAAAUUAUGGUCUAAGAGGCGCUUGGGUAUGUACAAGCAAAUUCAGAAGUAUGUUGCUGCUUGUGGGAUAUGUCAAACACACAAGCAUUCGACUUUGUCUCCAGCAGGGUUACUUCAACCUCUACCAAUACCAGACCUAGUGUGGGAUGAUAUCAACAUGGAUUUUAUUGAAGGAUUGCCAACGUCGAAUGGAUUUAACGUCAUUCUGGUGGUGAUAGAUCGUCUCAGUAAGUUUGCUCACUUCAUAAGCCUUAAACAUCCGUUCACUGCUUUGGAUGUUGCAAAGAAGUUCGUUAAUGAAGUGGUCAAACUACAUGGAACAACGUUGAAGUACAGUACUGCUUUUCACCCUCAAACGGAUGGACAGUCGGAGGUGCUUAAUCGCUGCCUUGAGACUUACUUGAGGGAUCCUCCUCCUCUGUUGCGUUUUGAACCAGGAUCUACUUCAAAUUUUGAGUUGGAAAGAGCAUUACUUGAACGUGAUGAAGCCCUGGAAGCAUUAAAACAGACCUUAUCGAGGGCUCAGGACAUAAUGAAACAGCAGGCAGAUAAGUCGCGAAGGGAAGUUGAGUUCUCAGUAGGGGAUAUGGUCUUUUUGAAGCUUCAGCCUUAUCGUCAGAAGACAGUGUCACGACGUGUAUGUCAGAAGUUAGCGGCAAAAUUCUACGGACCUUAUAAGGUGAUUGAACGUAUAGGGAAAACAGCAUAUAAGCUUCUACUUCCUCCAGAAGCUCGUAUUCACGUGGUUUUCCAUAUUUCACAACUUAAAUUGGCACUUGGUCCGCAAGAGCAGUGUAGUUUGUUGCCGCCAGGAUGUGUUACCGUCGAUGAUGAAGUGAUUGAACCAGAAGACGUCUUGGAGAAACGCUAUAAUUCAACAGGAGAUUUGGAGUUGUUGGUACAGUGGCAAGGGAAGUCAGCUCUUGAGAAUUCUUGGUUGUUGUAUGAGGAAUUCAAAACUCGCUUUCCGUCUUACCAGCUUGAGGGCAAGCUGGAUUUCGUUGGGAGAAGUAUUGAUAGGUUCAAGAAGUCAUAUUAUAGAAGAAAGAAGGGAAAGGAAGCUGUGGAGGAAGAGGAAUGA